AUGCCAACCUAUCCAAUCCGUCGCCGACCGCGCGAAUGCAAGACUUGUCUACCGUGUCGAGCGAGCAAAGUCCGCUGCGAUCGCAACGUCCCCUGCGGGAACUGCACCAAGCGCAAUUUCACCUGUUCCUACGGUCGUCCUUCCUCCAAGAUCUCCAAUCCUGCCAUCACGGCCUCCUCAACGCCUCUACAACAAACCUUUAUCUCCCCCACAAUCCCGCCCUAUGCCCACUCGGCUCCUACCCGUGAUGGCUCGUAUCCGACCGAUCAUCCCUCCAGCACGAGCGCCGAUCCCGACUUAUCGGACGUCAUCGAUCUCUCCCAGGCCGAGUGGGAUGAGAUCAACGUCAAGAUGAUCGCGAUGGAACAAACUAUUGGCAGUCUGCACUCGCUCUUCCAGUCACAUUCUGCGCGCAAGCCCCCGGAGUCCGAACCCAUCGAGCGGAAAAGUUCAACACGGUCGGAAGGUGUUUAUGGUUCGAAUGUGUUGAAGACUGGUGCGGUCCAUCUGGGCUCCCGGUCGGCUCUGGUGGAUAUCUUGGAUAAAUCGAAGAGGUCGGAGGAUACAGCGCAGGCGCUGCCCCAGGAGGACCUCCUUGCUGAACUUGCUUUGGGUAAUGAGUCGGCUGCAUAUCCCUUCGUCGAUCUAUGGUCGUCGGAUCCGUACACGUUCAACAUCGCCGGCGUGUGCGCUGUACUUCCGGAAGACGAGCAAUGUCUGGAAUUCCUUUCGUUCUAUCAGAGUAUAGGAGCGGUCUUGUACCCUGUGCUCUCGGAUGUCCCUGGACUUGAACGAAACACAAAACAUCUGCUUGAGAACCGACGACGAGCAGGCGGCGUCUAUAAACCCAAUGCCGAUGGCUUGGUGAAACCCUUUGGGAUGGACUUGGCUUUUCUUAGUCUGCUCUUUGCGGUUCUUGCGUCGGGGAGUCAGCUGUCUGACAACCCGGAAAACGAGCGCGAGCUGACUUCUUGGGUAUAUGUGUCUUGUGCGUAUCAAUGUCUCCGGAUGUUGAAUUAUGUAUCGCAACCCACUGUAGAAGUAAUUCAGAUUCUUCUCAUCAUUAGUAAUGUUCUUUCAUACAACAUGAAUGCGGGUGCAUCCUAUACUUUGCUGGGCAUGACGGAACGAAUGUGUCUAGUCCUCGGACUCCACGUUGAGUCGACGGGGUUCUCACUUGCAGAACAAGAAGUGCGAAGGCGUGUCUGGUGGGCCAUGGCCUUUCAGAACAGUCACUUCUCGCUUGCCUAUGACCGACCAUCCAUCACCAUGGUCAGUCAACCGGAAAUCCCAUUCGAUCCCAAAUCAAUGCCGGGACACCGUUCAUAUUUCGAAACCCUGUGUCGAAUCGUUUCUUCGGCAUUGGAACUUCUGCGAUCACGCAUGUAUCCUGGAUCCUCAUAUUCACCGACCCAAGAAAUCAGAGAGUAUAAACAACAGAUUCAACGUAUGCUCGUCGAAGCAACUCCACACCUCCGGUACCGCGAGAGCUGCCAUACUCUAGCGGACCAUAUCGAGCGCACAGAGUUGCGACUUCACUCCUCCUACCUCCUCUCAGUCCUCUGUCGAGUGUCACUUGACCCACACGCUCAUCUGGACGACCAUCGACGUGCCAUCAUCCGCGAAGACUGCAUCAGUAGCUUGAUGAAUACCAUCGAUGCCUUUGUCGAGCUGCACGAGAUCAAUUCGCACUGCUCUCGGUCUUGGAUCAGUUUGCAGAGAACCAUCGCGUCCGCAUUCCUGCUCGUGGCAAACGACGAUGGUCCCCAGACCUGGCAGUUGAUCGAUAGGUUGGAGGCCACCCUCGGCGAUCACGUCUAUGCGGAAGAGGCAAAAGACCACAACAAUCGCACCGACUCCGCCAAACAUGUCUCAUCCUCUCUGCGGGCUCUGCGCGAGAUCCGCGAAGCUUUCAGUGCCCCCAAGGGUAUCCCGUCAGUCGCGAAUUCCGGAGAUACAUAUUCACCUCUCGACCUGCCCUCUUCUCCCUCACUCGAAUCCAGUCCUAACGUCCCGGCUAUGAUGGCCCCUAGCUCUGCUCCUCAGCCCAUGGAGGGAGUCAGUAUGCGGAACAUUCUGGGUCGCGUGUCGGAUGUGAUGUUAUUCCCCAGUAUGAGCGGGAAUAAUCCAGUAACGUAA